GGCCCGCGAGGAGGAGCCCCGGGAGCCGCUGCUGCCGCCGCCGCCGCCGCUGCCGCCAACCUUGGUCCGCCUCCUCCUGCUCCUCCUCAGAGUCUGCCUGAGCCGGCCCGGCGGGGAGCGAGGCCCGCGCGCAGCCCCACCAUGAACAAGUUGAAGUCAUCGCAAAAAGAUAAAGUUCGGCAGUUUAUGAUCUUCACCCAAUCUAGUGAAAAAACAGCAGUGAAUUGCCUGUCCCAGAAUGACUGGAAGCUCGAUGUUGCAACAGAUAAUUUUUUUCAAAAUCCUGAACUUUAUAUACGAGAAAACAUUAAGGGAUCACUGGACCGAAAGAAAUUAGAGCAACUAUAUAAUAGAUACAAAGAUCCUCAAGAUGAGAAUAAAAUCGGCAUAGAUGGCAUACAACAGUUUUGCGAUGACUUGGCACUAGACCCCGCCAGCAUUAGUGUCUUGAUAAUUGCCUGGAAAUUCAGAGCUGCGACGCAGUGCGAAUUCCUAAGGAUGGAAUUCAUGGAUGGGAUGACAGAACUUGGAUGUGACAGCAUAGAAAAACUAAAGGCCCAGCUUCCUAAAAUGGAACAAGAAUUGAAAGAGCCAGGAAGAUUUAAGGACUUUUACCAGUUUACUUUCAACUUUGCAAAGAAUCCAGGACAGAAAGGUUUAGAUUUAGAAAUGGCCAUUGCCUAUUGGAACUUAGUACUCCAUGGAAGGUUUAAAUUCCUAGACUUGUGGAACAGAUUUUUAUUGGAACAUCAUAAAAGAUCUAUACCGAAGGACACUUGGAACCUUCUUCUAGACUUCAGUGCAAUGAUAGCAGACGAUAUGUCAAAUUAUGACGAGGAAGGCGCCUGGCCUGUUCUUAUCGACGACUUUGUGGAAUUUGCACGACCGCAGAUUGCUGGAAUCAAAAGUACGACAGUUUAGUGCUAUCGGAACCUUCUAACAUGUACCUAGUCUGUACAAAUAAACACAAUGGGGAAAAAAAUUGCAGUCCCUUUCUGCCAAUGACUGAACUGGACCGAAGAUCAAUCCUCAAGAGAUAAGAGCUGAGGGUGGCUGCAAACUUGUAAGGAUUAUUACCUUGGACCAUAUCAGACUACAGGUGGCUUGGCCCUCUCUUCCCAGCCUGGGCUGCCCUUUACCCCUCGGAAACUCCAGCAUUGUGGAUAUAUCAUCUUGUCCCACCCCACGUUUUUUUUUUAACGGAGCCUCCUAAUGCUUUCCAUAGAUCUUUCAUGGUUUUGGAUGACUCUUUUUGACAUUUCCGGUUUCCACACCUUAAAGUACGUUCUGUUUUUUUUUUUUUUUGUCACCAAGCAAACUCUUUUUUUGGUAUUCCCAUUUUCACAGUUCGAUCUCACAAUCCAACUUGUCCUAAUUCUAAAAAAGCCGAGAGGAAAAACAAAAUUAUCUUCAGCUAACAUAUUUUGGGGCUAUCUGCAACGACUGUGCUGAGACUAUCCUAAAACAGUGUGUUUGGAUCCAUUAUUGUUUUUAUUAUUAUUAUUAUUAUUAUUUUUAAAUGGUUGAUUUACAGCUGUUGUCAGUGUGAGUGGCAAGGGCUUGUUGUUGUUGUUGUUUGCUUGUGUGGUUGAAAGCAGAUGUCGAAAAGACCCAGCAAAAACCUGGAUUUUUGUCCCUUUGUGGAGCAGGCCAGCUGCAUCGGUGUGUUGACACUUAGGUCGUUGGCUAAUGACUUUGCGUUGUCCUUUGAUAUCAGAUGGAUUGGGUGCCUCAUGUCCAAGACGGAUGAAGCUUCCUUUAGCAUCCUUGCUUCUGCUGAUGGGUGGCUUUUCUUGCUGAUGAGCACCACAGCUCUAGGCCACCUUGUUUCUGCACCAUGUUGUGUGUGCGGCAUCAAAAGAAAGAAGGAUGAUAUCGGAGUGCUUCUUCUCAUCUGACCACCGGUAGCGUUCCUGCUAACUUAAUUGGGUCACACUGUUUCUGAGGCAGGUGUGGGCAGCUUCUUCUGGGAAUUGGAUCAUUAUUCCAUAUUCCCAAAGGGAGAGAACCCGUCCACGUUAGAUCACAUCACUGCUAUUUCCGUCUCCCCUAUUAUUUUUUACGGAGUGGUUGAAAUUAGAGUAUUAUUGAGCCUGGCUGUUCUUAAGUUUCAAUGGGUGAAGCUGUGCCCAGUAAGGACCAGUAGGCACUCUAAUGCAGGAAUAGGGAAUUGCUUGCUGCUGUUCUUAGACUUGCCCAGUCUUAUUAGUCUUGGAAUUUCAUCAGUUACCCAGUCUUAUUCAUUGUUCAUUAAUUGCCCAGUUGCAUUAGCCUUGAAAUGCUCAUGUUCUCUUCAAGGAACUCUCUCCUUCCGCCAGCCACUAAGAUCUACUGAAUUGUUAAGACUUGAAUGCAAUACUCAACUUGUAAUACUUGCUACAUUUUAUAAAACUCUUUUGAUUUGAGCCCGGGAAGGUUUUCCAAAAUAACCAUGAAUGUAAUGCAAAUUUAUUCGAGGCUGAGUAGCAUAAGCCAAACUCACCCGACUGUGAGUAGGACUACCACGGGGGAGCCUUCUUCGCCUGGAGUGGGUUUUUGUUUUACAACUGCAGUUCACUGUGAUCAUCACACAGAGACCAUCCCAGCGGCCAGAGCAAGCUUUUUCUGUGGGCCUAUGCAAACCUCACCAGCCUGAUGCCUGCGGAUAUUUAAAAUGUCAGAUUUGACACUGGGAGUAGAGGGUUUGCAAGUCUGAUAGCCUCCAGAUGAGGGAAGGAUGUUAGAUAGCAACUGCACGAAGAGGAAACCUCUCCCCCUCCCCCCCUUUGCAUUGACCGCAGUGGGGGGGUCUAUGUGUGGAGUAAUGAUUUACUAACUAUAGAGUUCCCGCUUAAUAGCAGGGCCUUCUCCGUUUGGUCAUCCAUCUUUUCCAUGCCACUCGAAAUUGUAUCGAUGUAAUCCAACCAAAUAGGUUCAGCACUUUCAAUGGAAGAGAGAGAAUCCCUUUUUUACUUGAUUUGCCAUUAUAAGAAACGGAGAGUAGCUAAGUUCUUUACCAUGGCUGGAUCGUAACUAAGAAUUUUGUUUUUAGUGAUAAAGGGGGGAAAAAAAAAAUCAAGAUUGUCCUUUUGGGUACCAGCAAAGGGGAUGGAGGCGACAUGUGCGAUGCCCUCAUCAUGUCAAUGCUUGCACCAGACACACGUGUAAGUGUAGCGUUGGCAUGAAAACAUCAUGACAUGCAUGUCAUUGAGUGGCCACUGCAACUUGCUGCAGAUAUCACUAAGUGCCCCAGAGAUUUCCCACCUACAUACAUUCAUUCCCCUCUUCUCUUUUUCCAGCAUAAAAGCAUAUUUAAGCUUUGAAUUUCACUGAACUAGUUAGCAUCGACUAGUUGAAAACCAGAAGAUGUACUUUAAGUCAGGAACUAUCUCGAGUCCGCAGAUUGCAAUUAUUGCAAAGGGUUCACCAUUUUGAAACACGUGCUUAAAUGGAAAGAAUUUACCCAGGCAGGUGGAGGGAGAUCCAGAGGUAGAGAGAGAUGCAGCAUUUUCAGGUUUUUCAAUCAUGAUGAGAGAUCGAAAAUGCUACACCCACUGUGGCCCUGGUAUGUUUUGGUUUGCCACUGUUUUUUUUGUCCAACCGUAGAUUUUUUUUUUUUUUAACUUAACAUUUGUGGUUUUUUAUUCUUUGUGUUUUUAUAUGAUAGCAGCACUUGAAAUACCUCCUGGCUUUUACUCGUUUUUAACACCACUUUGCCCUUUUCUUAAACAAAAAAUAAUCAUUCAAUAGAACAACAUUGGAAACAUGGAUUCGAGGUAUUUCCUUUGUAAUUUUUAAAAAUGAGAAGGGCAGGUUUGAUACAGUUCAUGAUGUUUUCUUGCUAAUGUCUCUUGUAUCCAUGUCAUUAAAAUGCACUUUUUACGCAGAUGCUAAAAUAAUAGGAGGAAAAACCUUAAUUGCUUGAUUAAAGAACAACCUGUCAGGAUCCUAUAGCCACUCCCUCGGUAACCUGUUGGAAAAGUUUAAGGAAACCAUUGAAUAAAAUUGGAAAUCUUUUAGCUGCUGGAAUUGGCAAAGUCAACUAUGUUAUUUACUCUUUGUUUCUUGUGUAAAUAUCAGCAAAAACUUGAAUUAUGAAAACUCUACAAGGUGUGCGUUUUUCUGUCUUAAAAUUUGGGUACAGCUUUCUCAGAAUGAGUCGUUGAUGUAUGCUGUGUAUUUUUUGUGUUUUAGUGUGUAUGUGUUUUAUUUUUUAAUUUUAACAAGAUGUACUGAAUUCUAUCCCUGUGCUGAAGAUUAGGGCAUAGAUGCCAUGCUGUACUUGUUUUUUUAAGAUGAUUCCUUUUGCAAUGUUGAGGCCUUUUCAACAAAAUGGAAUUUGCCAUCAGUUUGGUACUACACAAUUUAUAAUUACUGUGUAAUUAUAAAACUGCAUUACAUAAAGCAUUGCUGUCUUAAGUAGCAGAAAAACUGAGGUUGUUUGUGUGAUAGCAUUCUUGAAUUUUAAAAAGUGAUUUUAAAUCCAGAGGCAAAAAUUGGUCACCUGCUUUUCAGUGGGACGUGUACUGUCAAAGUGGUGCUAGGGUUUGACUGUGUUUAGUGGCAGAAAUAUUUGGCUUAAUUAUUUGUUUCUGAAUGUAAAAUGCCUGGCUCUAGCAAAGACUAAAAAUGUUCAGACAUAUCCCCAUGUAUGUGUGCAUGAUUUUUUUUAAGUUUUAAAAAUGGAAACUGAUUUUCAACUUGGGUUGAUUUAAUUAAUAAAAACCACCCAUGUGUGCAUCCAGCGGUAACUUAACCCUUCCUAGAGAAUUUCCCUUUUGCCAAAUACCAGACAAGCAGUAAAUGCUUUAACCUUAUCUACUUUUGGAGUUUUAUUGUCGUAUGUAAGACUAGAUCUUCUCAGCCAUGCAGAUCACUUGGUAAUUUUAUUUCAGUCACCCGAUCAACAAUUUUUCUGUGAUUUGAAUUGUUACUACUGAGAAAAAUACUUUCUGCAAUCCAAAGUCAAUAAAAUACUAGCCCAAUUGUCAUGGCAAAACCUUCACAUGAAUUAUGCCAUUGGAAAAGAAGCAAAAUGACUCUUUCUUGAUUAGUUUUAUUUU